AUGUCAGGUGGAGAUGGCGUGGAGGCUGUUCCUAAGACCAGCAUUCAUGAGGCCAUAAUUCGUGAAGUUGAAGAAAUCGAUUGGUCUGUAGAUCCUACUGAGGUUAGUGUCUGUUUUCUCGUCUAG